CCCAGCUGAUCCCGCGCCGCCCGCUGGCUCAGCCAAGGGGCGACCGGGUCACCCGUGGACGGUGGGCGGCUUCUUCCAGGGGGUUCUGGCGCGCCGCCGCGAUGCCGGGGAGCAUGCAGAUGCCGAGCCGGGACGAGGCUCUGCCGGGCAGACGUGAAGCCCUCGUAGUGCAAGCUGUCCAUGCCGUCAACAACAAUCCGACAUAUCCCCCAUUUCCCGAAGGAAUGCAAGUGGCAAUAUUUGGCAUGGGAUGUUUCUGGGGAGCAGAAAAAAUGUUUUGGAAACUGCCAGGGGUCUUCUCCACACAGGUGGGAUUCUCAGGAGGCUUCACUGCCAAUCCUACCUACCAAGAAGUCUGCAGCGGAAUGACGGGACAUGCGGAGGUGGUCCGUGUAGUGUUUGACCCACAGAAGAUCAGCUAUGAAAAGCUCCUCCGAUUUUUCUGGGAGAAUCACGAUCCAACCCAAGGAAUGAAGCAGUAUGAAGACUUUGGCACACAGUAUCGCUCGGCCAUCUACACAAUCGGAGCAGAACAACUGGAAUCUGCUUUAAGAUCCAAGGCAAUGUAUGAACAGGAGCUGGCUAAGAAGCAACUGGGGCCAAUAACGACGGAGAUCUGGGAGGCUGGCGAAUUCUACUACGCCGAAGAUUACCACCAGCAAUAUCUGCACAAAAACCCGGAUGGCUUUUGCGGCCUGCAAGGCACCGGCGUGGCCUGCCCCAUAGGCAAAUAAGAGCUCCCCAAUGGGAGUAUCCUUGGGAGCCACGGUAAUCAUAACCCUUGAACAGUUACCAUGGCAACCGGCGGCCUAGCAUUUUCGUAAUUCAACUGUGAUUUAGCAACGGGGCGGGGGGUGGGGGGGCUUUGUUCCUUUCUUUUAUGUCUUGUAGGUCCUGGUUAAGGUUUGGGGAUCAGGGCAAAAAAUGGGCAGCCUGCUGGAUGAAUUUUAUGAAUGUUACUGCUUUGUGUGGGAGGGUGUUAGAUAUAAUUUCCAUCCAAGGCAGAUGUUUGGGAUCACCUGACAAGGUGCUGACAAAUACACAUGCCUUUAUCCCUUUCCUUGUUUCUCUUACCAUCCCCAAGAAAGCGGAUAGAGCCAGCUCUGACUCCUCCAUCUUCGCAGUGGAUUUGGUUAUCUAGCACGAGUAGUCCUCAACUUACAACUGCACUUGGGACCAGAAUAUCCAUUGCUUAAGCAAGACAGUUGCUAAAUGAAGCAUGCCUGAUUUUACGAUCUUUUGCCAUGGUUGUUAAGCGAAACACUACAAUUAACUGAACCAUGCAGUCGUUAAGAGAAUCAAGCUUCUCCCAUUGACUUAGCUUGUUGGAAGCUGGAUGAAAAGGUCACAAAUGCAGGUUUCCAUGAAGGUCCCAUCACCCGACCGUGGGACACUGCAACCAUCUUAUUAUCUACCUGUCAGUUGCCAAGCUUUUGAUCUCGUGACCAUAGGGAUGCUGCAAGAGUCGUAAAUACAAACACUAAUUAUAAGUCACCUUUUCAGUGCCUUUGUAAUUUUAGCUGUCCACUAAACGAAUGGUUGUAAGUCAAGGACUAUUGUGUUAGUCCAAACCCACUUCCCUAUCUUGCCCUCUCUUGGGGGCUUAGAGGAAGAAAACUCUGCAGACAAGAACUUCGCUCUUUUGAUCUCGCGAAGGACCGGCGCUUGCGAUGAAAAUCUAGCUUUCACUCUACCCUGAAUCUACCUCAGCCCAUUGGAUCUUUUGAUACUCAAUUCCUCCACGAGGUGCUUAAGGGCUGAACAGAUCUGCAGCACCCCUUUUGGCAUGAGAUAAUUUCCCCACCUCUCUUCAUUUUUUUUUUUACAAAAUGCAUUUGAAUGUCAUUUCUCUUUUUAGUUGCAUUCGCUUGCCUUUCAGGUAAUGAGAUGUUUUGUGUCCCACAAGAGCCAAUUCUUUUGGACAACAGACAAUUGUAAAGGGUUGGCAAUUCUCUGGGGGAAAGCCCUCCUUUGGUGGAGCCUCUCAUUUAAAAUGUAUACACUAUUUAUCACAGUAAAUAUCCAGUAUCAAAUUACUUGCAAGGCCAAUUCAGUUCUUUGGGAGGUUUUUUUAACAUUUAUUUAAG